UUCUAAUGCUUUGACAUGGGUCGAGUUUACUUCACAGGAUUAGGCUGCAACAAAGAGAUUACACCGUCACGCGGUCGUCCCUCGGAGUUACCUCGUUUCCCUUAUAUAUGAGAUAUUGGGGCGAGGGUGUGUGCGCACGAGACCGCAGCAUCACAAAGGUUGGACUCCUCCCUGCUCACGGCGAGGGGAGGGUAAGUUAGAUUCGGCUCAGUGUUAGACAUAGAUGAGACCAAAAGAAACACGUUCCACGAGCGCAUGUCUAUUGAAGGGACUGUACAGACUAAUUAUUUUGGGUUUUAAAUAAUUGGGAGGGCACUUAUCAUUUACGAUAGUGAGAUUAUAGUAGGAAAAGAAAGCUUGUCUGGACAAAGAAAGGAAGGGGACACAAAAGCAGGAAGGAUAACGGGGGGGAUAGGAGGCAAAAAUAGAGGCAAGGGGGACCCAAAUUAAGAGUGAAGAUGGCCGAACCGGAGCUGAAAUUGCGGAGCAGCAGGGAGAGCCUCGCCAAGAGCCAGGAGAAGUCUGAAGCAGCAGAAGCAAGAGACACUGAACAGGAUGGUCUCAUUGUGGAGCGCUCUCCCUCUCCCCAGACACCUCCUGCUCCUAGUGCCACCAGCCCGACCUUAGAUUGUCCCAACAAAGGAGAGAAGAUUGAACUCAAACGCAGCAUCACCUUGUUCAAUGGCGUGGGCAUGAUCAUCGGUACCAUUAUAGGAUCUGGAAUCUUCGUCACUCCGACUGGUGUGGUCAAGGAGACUGGAUCGGCGGGCCUGUCUCUGGUUGUGUGGUCUUUCUGUGGGCUGAUAUCCACUAUGGGGGCUCUGUGCUAUGCUGAGCUGGGCACGACCAUUGCUAAAUCAGGGGGUGACUACACUUACAUCCUGGAGGUGUAUGGAGAACUAGCAGCCUUUCUAAAGCUCUGGGUGGAGAUGCUCAUUAUCAGGCCAUCUUCUCAGUAUGUGGUGUCUCUGGUGUUUGCCACGUACCUGCUCAAACCACUCUACCCCACCUGUGCAGUGCCGGACAGUGCAGCCAAACUCAUCGCCUGCCUCUGUCUCACCUCUCUAACGUUUGUGAACUGCAUCAGUGUAAAAGCAGCCACCAAAGUCCAGGACCUCUUCACUGCCUCCAAACUGCUUGCUCUCUUCAUCAUAAUCCUCUUCGGAUUCAUACAGAUCUUCACAGGGGAUGUACCAUACCUCACUCCAGAGCUGGCGUUCAAAGGAAGCAAAUGGGGUGUGGACCACAUUGUUUUGGCUCUCUAUAGUGGGCUGUUUGCUUUUGGAGGCUGGAACUACCUGAACUAUGUGACUGAGGAGAUGAUCAAUCCAGAGAGGAAUCUGCCGCUGUCCAUCAUAAUAUCCAUGCCUAUAGUGACCAUAGUGUAUGUUCUGACCAACCUGGCCUACUUCACCACUAUCUCCCCAGAAGCCAUGGUUGAGUCUGAGGCAGUCGCUGUGAGUUUUGGAGAGUACCAUCUUGGGGUUAUGGCCUGGCUUAUUCCAGUUUUCGUGGGGCUUUCCUGUUUUGGAGCUGUCAAUGGAUCUCUCUUUACUUCAGCUCGGUUGUUUUAUGCUGGAGCCAGAGAGGGCCAGCUCCCUGCAGCGCUCGGCUUGGUCCACACAGAUCUGUUUACACCAGUGCCCUCCCUCAUCUUCACUUGCAUACUGUCCAUGAUGUACGCCAUUUCUCAAGACAUCUUCUCUGUCAUAAACCUCUUCAGCUUCUUCACCUGGCUGUGUGUGGGUGCGGCCAUUGCAGGAAUGCUGAAGCUGCGGUUCACCAAACCUGACAUCAGAAGGCCUAUUAAGGUGUAUCUGUUCAUCCCGGUGACUUUUGUUCUGACCUGUGUGUUCAUGAUCGUGGUCUCCUUUUGGGCUGCUCCAUUUGAGUGUCUGUUGGGCAGCGGCGUCAUCCUGACAGGAGUGCCAGCCUACCUGCUGGGAUACAAGUGGAAGAAACCUCAUGUGGUGCGCAAGAUGCUGGAAAUCUUCACCAUGUUCUGUCAGAAGAUCUUCAUGUCUGUGCCUGAGGAGCAGUGACGCGGAGUGGACCCAAACCUCAAUGUUUUUUCUUUGUUUACACACAUUAAUGGUUUCUCUCUUGUAUUAUUUUAGUGUAGUGUAUGGAUAGCCCCACUACCCACUACAGAAAGAUAAGUCAUUAAAAUGGUCAGUUAGUAUUAUAAAAACAAAAUGCACUGGUUGUUAUAAUAAAUCCAUACAAUAUUUUGAUAUUUAAGUUAACUUAGAAAACUAUGAAUUUAUUGGGGGUUCUGUCUUUCCUCUCAUGGUAGAGACCAGCUUUAAGCAUAUUUUUUUUACACCCAUUUUCAUUCAGGUCUCAAGAAUCACAAGUGAUUUAAUGAAUGUAUGCAGUACUAUUGUAUAAGAUACUCUACAAAUCACUGCUAUAUUUCACAUUAACCAAACAUUUACUGUUGAUUUGAAUGCUUUUAAACAUGCGUGCAUAAUGCAUGUCUAAACACAUAACUAGUGUAACUUAGUGCCUAGUUAUCCUGUAGGACAGGAUCUAUUACCCAAGGCUACUGCACUGACUACAAAACUAUUAUUUACUUUAGGUAAAUGUCUACUAACAGACAUAUAAUAACAAUUUACAGUACAUACUAAUCUCUAUCUGAAUUUUGAGCUAUCAAGCCUAUAAAUAAACAAAUUGUUUUAAGUUUAUUUGGAGUAAAAGGAACUCAUAACUGUAAUUAAUCAGGGUUGCGAUCACAACAACUAGCUCAGUACUUACAUACUACUAAUAUGGUAAUUUAUAGAUGACUAAUUUAAUAAUUUAUAGUUUAGUUUGAUUCAUAAUUCUACUUUUAUAUCAUUUUAUUGUAUUUGGGAAACAGCACUGCCUUAACGCACAAGAUGGAGACUAUAGACAAACCCUGUAUAUUUCUGUGAAGUUUGUCUGUGACGUUGUUUUAUCAAUCCAUUCCCAACACUUGUGAUGGCAAUGUUAGACCCACAAACAUGGAUUUUUGUAUAGAUGUCAUGUGUUUGUAUUUUGAAUUGUACAGAUUGUGCCAGCAGUGUCAAAUUAUUCUUUCUUUUCUCUUUGUUGUUGUUAAUUGACCACAGUGAAUGUUGCUAAUUUACACAGUCAAUUUGAAAUGAACUAAAAAGGGUGAAAUUUGAAAGAAAAUAGAAAGUGCACAAUUUGAUGUUUUCAUGUUUACAAGAAAUAAGAGACUAAUGAAGUACGGAAACUUAAGACUGGAGUAACGAAGGAGGAGCUAUCACUUUCAAUACCAGCUUAACAAAUUGGUGUCUAUAAGCUUAUCAAGACGGUUAAUUAUUCCUAACCAAAUCUGUUCGAGUUGUAAUUAACAUUAAUAGCUUCAUCUCAUAUUCUAAUGAAAUCGAGUUAUGACAGUUAUUAAGGCGACAUUAAUUACACAUAUGAAAUUCUGAACCAGUUUCAAUCAACCAAAUUGAUUCAGAUGUGGAGAGAGAGAAAAGCACAACUAAUAAUGACAAUGCUUUGUUUUUCUAUGGCUUUUUAGAUGGAAGCACAUAGUAUACUGUAUACUGCACAACAUUAGGUACAACUCUUGAAUAUGUAGUCAACAAAUAUUUGGCUUUCAAAUUUUUGAAAAUUAUACAGCUGUGCUGGUUAUUUGAGUUUUAUCCAUACAUUCCAUAUUCUUACCUGAACCUUUUAAUUAUUUGAUUUGGAAAAGUAUAUAUACAUAAAGACAGCAAAUAAAUAAAUAAACUUGAAUGGUCAAUCUUCAACAUACGUGCCUCCCAAAAUCUAUAAAUAUUGUCUGAGAUUUUCAUUUUAGAAUUUAGGUGUAUCUAAUUGUGAGCACAACAGUCUUUUUUUUCCCCUCUGACUUGCUCAUCUUGUUCACUUUAUGCUUUAAUGUAUGUUGUGAAGAAUUCAUUUGCUAAUUAUUUUCUUAACUAUCUUUGGUAAACAUUUAUGAGCAUUUUAAGGUAGCACAAUUCCACAUUUCUACAUAUUUGUCAUUGGACUCUUCUCUUGAUGUCAAAGUGUUAGUGUAUGUUCCUUGAAAUGCAAUGGUUAAAGGUGAAAGCUUAUUUUUUUUGGUUGUGCUUACUGAAGGCACCUUGGUUGGAAAUGGCUGUAUGUGAUAACUGGUACAGAAUAAAUAUUUUUGUUUAAAUGUU